GUGGCGGUGCGCGGCAGCCCAGGCGCGGACUCGGACGGACUGUGGCAGCUGUGUGGGUGGCGAUGGCUGGAGAGCGGAGACCCGCGAGGCUGGUGCUGGCCUCGCUGCUCGUGGUGAUCGCGCCGCUUCAUGUUCUGGGAUUAAAGUGUGUGUGCUCCCAGUGUGUGAAUGACAACCUCACAUGUGAGACUGAUGGACUCUGCUUGGCAACAGUGACCCGAACAGGAGAUCGAAUAGUGCACAACAAAAUUUGCGUUUCAAGUUCUGAGCUGAUUCCACCAGAUCGGCCUUUCGUAUGUGCUCCAUCUGCAAGGCAAGCUGUCUCAGCUGUUUGCUGUAAUUCAGAUAUGUGCAACAAUCCUGAUCUACCUGUACCGACCGAAGAGAUCAUAGUACAUCCUUCACUAAACCUGGGUCCUGUGGAAUUAGCAGCUGUCAUCGCUGGACCAGUAUGUGUGGUUUGCAUUUUAUUGAUGGUGACCCUCUACUUUUUUCAUAAUCGUAAUGUCAUUCACCACCGAGUUCCACAUGAGGAAGAUCCCUCCAUAGAUCAUCCUUUCAUUUCUGAGGGCACCACUCUCAAAGAUUUAAUAUAUGACAUGACCACCUCAGGAUCUGGUUCAGGGUUGCCUUUACUCGUGCAGCGGACAAUAGCAAGAACAAUUGUACUACAAGAAAGUAUUGGCAAAGGACGCUUCGGAGAAGUCUGGCGCGGGAAAUGGCGAGGUGAAGAAGUUGCAGUUAAGAUUUUCUCUUCUCGUGAAGAACGUUCCUGGUUUCGUGAAGCAGAGAUUUACCAAACUGUGAUGUUGCGUCACGAAAAUAUUCUUGGGUUUAUUGCAGCCGAUAAUAAAGACAAUGGGACCUGGACCCAGCUAUGGCUGGUAUCAGAUUAUCAUGAGCAUGGCUCCCUGUUUGAUUACUUAAACAGGUACACGGUCACUGUGGAAGGGAUGAUUAAACUGGCACUUUCCACAGCAAGUGGCCUUGCGCACCUCCAUAUGGAGAUAGUUGGUACCCAAGGAAAACCUGCCAUCGCUCACAGAGAUCUGAAAUCUAAAAACAUUCUGGUAAAGAAGAACGGAACCUGCUGCAUUGCAGAUUUAGGGUUGGCAGUAAGGCACGAUUCCGCCACAGACACAAUUGAUAUUGCUCCAAACCACAGAGUGGGAACAAAAAGAUAUAUGGCUCCAGAAGUCCUCGAUGAUUCCAUAAACAUGAAACAUUUCGAAUCUUUUAAAAGAGCAGAUAUCUAUGCUAUGGGUUUGGUAUUCUGGGAAAUCGGACGGAGGUGUUCAAUAGGUGGUAUUCAUGAAGAUUAUCAGCUGCCUUACUAUGACUUAGUACCUUCAGAUCCUUCGAUUGAGGAAAUGAGAAAAGUGGUGUGUGAACAGAAGCUGCGGCCAAACAUUCCUAAUCGGUGGCAGAGUUGUGAGGCUCUACGUGUAAUGGCCAAAAUCAUGCGUGAGUGUUGGUACGCCAAUGGAGCAGCCAGAUUAACAGCUUUACGGAUCAAGAAAACACUGUCUCAACUCAGCCAACAGGAAGGCAUAAAAAUGUAGAGCCAGAUACAGAACUGAGUGAAUUGACCAGAUGACAUUGCACCUGGAUUGCAGUUUUAUUUGGAAGGGAUUCUUGUUCUACCUCAUCGAGGGAGCAGAAGAUGGAUCACACUGGCUGUACUGCCUGAUGAAAACUGCACCAUAUUUUAUACACUACAUAGGAAAUGUUCACUAUGCGGGCUCCAUAAUGGACAUAAUGCUGAGAUGGGCUGUGUGCUCCACUCUGUGCACUGAACACCUCCUUCCCAGGACGUUGGCAAGAUAUGAUGUAGCUUAGUUUUUUUUAACAUUUAACUUGAUAAAGAGAGUUUUAUUAUUGGUCUUAACAUUAGAAAAGCUGGAACAUUUAAGCCUUUACUAUCACCAACCCAGUAUGUUGGAGAUAUCGAAUGGGUGACAUUUUAGUGCAAGGUACAGUAUUACACAAUUAAAGGGACUGUUUAUCCAAAGGGUUGGUACUAGUUUUACUGCUUGGAAAUUCAACUUCGUCAGGUUUUAAUUUUGAUGCCUCUGUUUUCACUUUGUGUGUUAUGACCUGGCUUUGAGUCUUAAGCAUUUUACUCCAAUUGGUCUGAAGAAUAUCUGCAAAUUAGCCAUCUUAACUUGUGGCACGGCAACAAAAAUAACACUUGUGAGCAAACUCCUGAGGCACAGUUGCAUAUUGGGGUGUAAAUUACAGAGAUCGCAGCAGUAUUCUUUAAGGAAACCGGAUGUACAUCACACCAAUCCAUGGGAGCUCCCUGUGACGGUGUACUUUCAGAGCACCGUUCCCAUAGGUCAGUCUGAUAUACUUCCAAUUACCAGACGGAGCUCCCUAUUUAGAAUUCCUAAUUUAAGGAAUUGUUUUUAAAAUUGCUGCACUUUAGACUCCAUUGCUGCUGAUUUCUGGUUUUGUUCAAAAGGUAAUUCUUGUUGUCGCAGACUAGAACACACGGCUACCAGUAACAGUUUCGCAGACUAGAACACACGGCUACCAGUAAGUGUCAGCACCUCUUUAAGGAUACAUGAGUGAGCUCUACCUUAGAAAUUAGAUGAGGGCCAGGGAUUUGAGUUGAUUGCUAGGUACGACUUCAGUUUUCAGUAUUAUUCAGAUAAUGUUUGCACUCACCUUAUUUGCAGUUGUCAGGNUUUUUGUACAUCAAAUCUCACAAUUGGGUUAUGCUAAGGAACUACAACAUUAUUUUUGCUUACAAGCCACUGUAAAUAUUUUCCUCCGCAUAAUACAACAUAUAAUUUUUGCCAGAAUAAUGAAUGUGAUGCUGUUAAGUAGUCCUGAUGUCCAGAAAUAAUAUUAUAUGUUGCACACUGGGAGCAAUUUCAACACAAGCCAUUUUCUUCUUAGUUUUAUGUGUAAUGUAAUAUUAAUAUCCUGAUGCAUUAAUAUGGUUCGUGUAUUCUGCUAGAUCAUCUUUCAGCUAAAUCAAAAUAUUUCAGUUCCUAAGCCCGUUAUAAGGCUAUGAAUUUAGAUUUGGAACAGUAGUUACUGAAACACUUGUGUUUUGAGUCAUUAGUUAAUUCAUUUUAAUAGCUUUGAAAAAGAUGAGCUAAAAGUUGCCUUCAGAAAAAUGUUUUAUGGGAUCAAAAUCUCCUAACUAUAAAUUUCACGUGUCUUGCGACAUUUUUAAAAUUAUUUAUCUGGUUCAGAUGAUUGCUGUUCAAUUUUUAUUCAGCAAAAGUUUCCAUGUUUUUUUUUCAUUGGCUCUCAGAACCUUAGUGUUUUGUUGAGUUUUUUUGUGUGUUUGUUUGUGGGUGGGGAGAAGAUCACUUCAGAUAAAACUUGUCAAUAUUUUCAAAGUGACUAUCUGAGUUGAAGGUUUUUAUAGCUAACUUAUUCUGAAUUUAAUGUUGUAGCUCAUUAUUGAAUCCCAAUAGCUUUGUACACUGCAAUAUUGAACGGAGCUCUUGUUUUUUCCCCCCAAAUUCUGCAGUAUAGACUAUUGUCUCGUUUUAAUUUGCACAAAAACCUUGUAUUGCGAAUGCUAAUACAAAUGUUUUUUUGUGGACCACAAAUUUAAAACUGAGGCUUAUAUGCUGUCCUUCACUUGAUGCUAGCUUGAAUUCUGCAUCUUGAUUUGUGACUUGGGAAGCAGAUUUUCACUUAUAUGUAAUUAAAUUCUGUAUUAACGUGUUGUAGCUUUCUUAAUUUGUAUGUGUGCUUUAAAAGGAAAACCUUGCAGGUGUGCCGAUUAACUGGUGUAAUUUUUCAAACACGCAUAAUGCAAAUCAUGGACGCAGCACCUCUUAAAAUAAACCCAACGCAAAUGUUUCUAAGGAGGGACUUUAGCAAAACCCAGCAUUGUAAUUAAAUUGUAAUUUGACAAUUCCUGUUUUCUGUGAAUUUUGGCAAGUGGUAUUUCUUUGACAACCGAUUCAGUUGUGCCAAGUUUAUUUUAUUACAUUAAAAUUAAAUGUAAAAACAAAUUGGAUUCACUUUAUAACUAGUUCAUUACAAAGGAUAGUCUUGCUUUGUAGAUCAAAUAAAUUUUGGGUUAUUUUUUAAAAAGAAAGUAUAGGACAGUUUUUUGUUGCUAGUAUGAAUUAGGUUGAAGCGUACUACUACAAAGGCAUACUUAGUGUAGAAAUAAUUAUGGGCAGAUAGCAGUGUAGAAAAUGUUGGAUUUACCUUUGUACUGGUAUAAAUCCAUGUUUUUUCAUGUGCAUAUAAUCCAAAUGUGUAUAGUUUCCUUGUUGAAAAACAGUAUUAUAAUGCAAGUGGUGAAGGCACUUGAAACAAGUGGCAAAACUAAAUCAUUAGCAUUUUAUGCUUUUAAGGUUACUGAGAAUUAUCAUUCCUGAACAUAUUAUAGGUGUAGUAUAUAACUCAAAGCACAUCCUAUGGAUUAAGUCCCAUGUGGCAGGCUAAUGCGGAGGUGAAUAAAUGCAUUUCCCCCUAAAAUAAUCCCUUUGUAAUCUGUAAGCUGUUUAAAUGUGCAUAUUGAAAGUUAGUUUACUAUUAUGAUGAAUUUGUCCAGGAAGACUGUAGAAAUCUGCGUAACACUACUGCAUACAUUAUGUUGAUGUUCAUAUUUUGAAAUAAAAUUGUUCAAGGUUUUGGGGUUGAGUGCCAUGACCUGCUCCUUUUAGGACAGUCCCUCUUAUACUGUGUUUUGCCAUGCAGUCCUUAUGGGAAUCUGGGAUUAAAUUGUUCUGCAAUUGAAGCAUACAGAUGAACUUUUAAUGCAAUUUGCUUUAAAGAUACCUCCUGAAUGACCAAGUUCUGUUUACCUCAUUAUGUAUAUACUGAUAGUUUUCAAUAACUCAGCAGGUUUGCAGACGCGUGUUGAUUUAUAUAAAAUGUGGAUACUGUAAUGAUUUUUUUUUAAAAACCUGCAUCUGUCCAUGGUACUGAACAGUGUAUUGUGUAUGUAUUAUGUGCCCAGCUUAUUGUAUGCUAGCUAUAUUCCUUUUUGCAGUGUGUAUAAAAUUCCUCCCUGCUCUAGGAACAAUGAAAGCCUGCUCUUGUGAUUAUUUUCGUCUUUGGGCAUAGCUGUGUAGUUAAAGUAUGUAUUUUAUUUGGGGUGAGGGGAGGGGGUCAGGAGAGAGAAGAAUAUACUCAAGCAAGUAAAUACAGGGAUACUGAAUAUGAGUUUUCUUCCUAAGAUUGCAUUAUCAAAUUAUGUAUUUUCUCCCCAAGUCUUCUAAAAAUCAUGUAUAGUCUUUUGUACAAUAUACAUAGCAAAGAUGGAUGAUGCUAGGUAUUGAAAUGAAGCUGACUUGCUGAAAGUCAUUAUACCCAAUUGACGAUACACAUAACAGAAUCAGAAAAUAAAGUGGUGUUCAUCUUCAUA